GGUUGAAUAACCCUGGAAACAGGGUCAGGCGUGUAUGUAUGUGGAUGUGGGUGGAGGCUUCCCCAAAAGCAUCUUUUCUGUUACAUUCAUCCUUGGAUUAUACACCCACCAAAGUACCCAGGGCGUGGUAGUGUACAGGUGUGUAUAAGUACAGACAGCUGGACACACACUCUGAUGUUCAGCAGAGGAGGAAGAACAACAAAAUGCUUCAUCACUGGAACUUGGUAACGCAGAGUGUGUUUCCCUUCACUUUCUGGUUGGUGUGUAUCCGCUGUAUGUCAGUGAUGGAAGACCGCGGUCUUCCCCUAAACAAUGACAGCUCAGUGCAGCUCGAUCCAAUGGGGGGCCAAUGGGCAGAGUUUGGCCUUUUAUACUGUGAUAUGAUUCUUGAGGCUCCAGUGCCUCCUCCUGCUGAUCAGGUGCCAUGGUUCUGCACAUGCUCACUGUGUCAAAGCAAUAAAGGGGAGAAAGGAGAGAGAGGAGACCGUGGAUUACCGGGAAAUCCUGGAGUUCUGGGAUUAAGGGGGUUGAUAGGACCUCGUGGUACACAGGGAUUUGUAGGACAGCAGGGACUGAAAGGUGAAAAAGGAGAUGAAGGAAUGAAAGGAGAGCAAGGCCCAAUGGGACCAAUGGGCCCUAUAGGCGAUCAAGGGGUCAAAGGUGAUAAAGGGGAUCGUGGUGAGGAUGGCAUGGUUGGUGAACCGGGUCAAAAGGGAGAAGAUGGUCAGUGUCCACUGGGCUGUAUCUCACUUCCUGGUCCUUCAGGUGAACCGGGUCUUCCUGGUCCAGUCGGAUUACCUGGGUUACUUGGGCAGGAUGGAGCUCCUGGUGCUAAAGGUCUGAAGGGUGAUCCAGGCAUAGAUGGAACACCAGGCACACCUGGAUUUCCAGGGAAUAAAGGUGAACCAGGCAAGGAGGGAAACUGCUCAUGUAAGGAUGGACAAAAAGGUGAAGUGGGACUUGAAGGAUCUAAGGGCACUAAGGGAGAGCUAGGUCAGAUGGGGCCUCAGGGUGUUGCAGGGCAGAAGGGUUCUAAAGGAGAAGCCGGGGAGAUGGGAUUGAUGGGAAUGCCUGGUCCUUGCAGCCCAGCCAUACAAUCUGCAUUCUCUGCAGCACUAAGAUCAUCAUUUCCAGCUGCCAAUCAGCCAGUAGUGUUCGGGCGUAUCAUCUAUAACCUGCAGCAGCACUACAACCCGAGCACAGGUGUGUACACAGCACCGGUCAAUGGCACCUAUGCAUUUAGCUUCCACUUGACCGCCUCCACCCGCAGCUUGAAGGUUGGACUCUUCUGGAACUUCCAACCCGUGGUGAAGAGCACACAAACAUAUGAGUUAGGCUCCGUCUCCCAGCAAGUAAUGCUACACCUGAGCUUAGGGGAUCAGGUGUGGCUCCAGGUGAAGGACAUUGUCAGUAAUGGGAUGUUCACAAGCUCUGAGGCCAGUAGCACCUUUAGUGGCUUCCUGAUUCAACCUGACACCUGUGACAUCAUCAUGGGCCGUGAGCUUCCUCCACCAAUCAUCAGAGGGGAGUACACCUGGGGGGAUCCAGACCCCACCCUAAGCCCUAAUGUCUAGACACUACCGACUAAUCCAUACCCAACCUGUACCCAUAUUCUUAGAAGAAAAACUUGUAAUUGGAGAUUUAUGAGGAAUUUACAGAAUGUACAGCUGGAAACACAUUGAGAAUUCUACCUAGACUCCUACUCACUAAUCCUGGUCCCUACAUACUAAGCUCCCUACACCCUAGAACCUACAUCCUAAAGAAGAACUCACACCUAAAUAAUUCACCCAGAGACCCUGCUCUUAGAAGAAAUACCUCUUAAAACCAUUAAAUCUGAAGGGGAUUUAUGAAUGUACAACUGGAGACAGAUUGAGAUGCCCACCUAGGUGCUGAAUCACUAAACCUUCCCUCUACACCCUUAACCCUACAGCCUAAUUCAAACCUGAACAUUGUAGUACAAACCAGUCCUCUUUACCAGAACCCAUUGACAAUCAAAAAAUGUUGGAGUAGUUCAGCACAAUGUGGAAGACCAAACCUGCUCCCUGAAUGCUAAUCCAACCUGAAAUCACUCCUCCUACCCUAAACCAAAACUAUUCACCCUACACCCCUAGAUUACUGAAAUUGUACAUCUGAUUAAAUGUAACUUAAUCAAAUGAAAUGUUCUCCAGAGGUUUUGUAUGUGAAAUAUUUUAACAUUAUUAGGAAUCAUUAUUUUGUUGGUGAA